AUGAACUUGAAUAAUGUAUAUAAUGUAGUUGAAGAAGCUAUGGAUAAAUUAUUGGAAUAUUUACAUUAGAAUAAAUAUAUAUGUUAAGAUUACAAUUAACAAAAUGAGUUUAGAAACAAAUUUAAGUAAAUAGUUGAAGAUUCUAAAAAUUAUCAAAGUGAACAAACAGAAGAAGACAUUAGUGAAUUAGAUUUCUAUUUAUAAAACCCAAUUAAUAGAAAAAGACAUUAAUCUUUUAGAAUAUUCAAUCCAUUGGUAUUUUUAGCAAAGGAGAUAAGAUAGCAUGAAUAAAUUUGA